AUGGUGAAGCUCCGCGGUCGGCUGGAGGGAGGUGGCCAGGGCGGACGUCCUAGUGUCCCUGUUCCUUCCAACCUUCAGCAGCACGCGCGGGGUCUGGGAAAAUUCCAGAGCUGGGGGCUCACGGUGGCCCCCACGCACCCAGAGCUUGCUUCUUUCUCGGGGUGGGGGAGACCUGGACUUGAGGGCGCCGCGGAGUGUGAAGAGAUGGCUCCUCUUCUGCCAGUGCCCGGGUAUCCGUGUGAAUCCGCGCGUGGGGUUGUACAGAGAAGUGUAUCUCCCAGCGCGUGGGGGCUGGGCCGCGGGGAGGUCAUCAGACGGACAGCUCUCCUCGCUCCCCGCUCUGCCGAGCUGCUCCGGCGGCGGCGUCUAGCCCGCUGCUCCCGGGCCCCCUCCCCCUCCGUGCCGCCGAGGGAGCCCGUGCUCAGCUGCCGCUCCAACACCUACCCCAAGGGCUUCUACUGCACCUGGCACCUGCCCACUCCCACCUACAUCCCAAAUACCUUCAACGUGACUGUGCUGCAUGGCUCCAAAAUCAUGGCGUGUGAGAAGGACCCAGCCCUCAAGAACCGCUGUCACAUCCGCUACAUGCACCUGUUCUCCACCAUCAAGUACAAGGUCUCCAUUAGUGUCAGCAAUGCCCUGGGUCGCAACGCCACAGCUAUUACCUUUGAUGAGUUCACCAUCGUGAAGCCCGACCCUCCAGAAAACGUGGUAGCCCGGCCAGUGCCGAGCAACCCUCGUCGACUGGAAGUGACGUGGCAGACACCCUCAACUUGGCCUGAUCCUGAAUCCUUCCCUCUCAAGUUCUUUCUGCGCUACCGGCCUCUCAUCCUGGACCAAUGGCAACAUGUGGAGCUAUCAGAUGGCACAGCGCACACCAUCACGGAUGCCUAUGCUGGGAAGGAGUACAUCAUCCAGGUGGCAGCCAAGGACAACGAGAUCGGGACGUGGAGUGACUGGAGUGUAGCCGCUCACGCCACACCCUGGGUAGAGGAGCCACGACAUCUCACCACCGAAGCUCAGGUCCCCGAGACCACGACAAGCACCACCAGCUCACUGGCACCCCCGCCCACCACGAAGAUCUGUGACCCUGGGGAGCUAGGCAGCGGCGGAGGACCCUCCAUCCCCUUCUUGACCAGUGUCCCCAUCACCCUUGCCCUGGCUGCCGCUGCCGCCACAGCCAACAAUCUCCUGAUCUGGUAGAGCCCGGGCAUCCCACGAGGAUAUGUCAGAGCGCCUGCAGAGGAGCAGGAGGCCGGAGCUGAGCCUGCAUACCCCGGUUUCUAUUUUGCACAUGGGCAGGAGGACCUUUUGCAUUCUCUUCAGACACAAUUUGUAGAGACCCCGGCAGGCCCGGGCCUGCCGUCCCCUAGCCGCGUCACACCAAGCCGGUCCAUCUUUCCAUCCAGAGAGGAGGGCCAUGCAGCUAACCCACCCACCAAAGACCCCUCUCAUCUUUCCCCCUUGGGCUGGACCCUCCAAUGCCAGCGACUCCCAGGAGCCCUUGGGGGACCUGAGGGAAGCCCCCACCAUCCACAGUUUUCUUCUCCUGCCCCAGUCUCCUGUUUGUUCCAGGGUCUCUAUUGCCACCAUCAGAUUAUAAGCUCCUGACACUGGGGGGCCCAGCCAUCCCCCUCCCCCCGGUGCCCACACUUUCCAGUCUGUCCACCUCCGCCCCUGUUUUGUACGAUCCUCCACUGACCCCUUCCUACCCCCAGUAUUUAAUGUCCUGUCAGUUCCUUCUAGUCUGACUCAAUGGUAACUUGCUGUAUUUGAAUUUUUUAUAGAUGUAUAUACAGGGGUGGGAGGAGUAGGGUUCUCAUUAAACGUCACCAUUUCAUGAGA